AUGGUCAAGGGGAAAAUUAUCAUUGUUCUUGAAAAUGACUUAUCCUCGUGCUGGGCAUGGAAGGGAAAUGAUGUACAGCCGAGCCACAAGUCAUCCACAUCGUCUGGUUUGGGCGGGCGAAUGCUGCGUUGCAUCGCUGGUAGUCAUAGGCAUAAAGGUGGUCGCAAGCCUGGUAAUGGUGACAACGUUGAUCGCACAUAUUCGAUGGAAGAGGCUGGAUGGGGUAAAAUCGACUCGGAUGUUAUUUUCGAGGAGACGCAAUCUGAUCAGCGUCUCGGUAUUAGUCAGCUUUCCCCACCGAAAAAGGCUGAAAAGCCAGACGAAUUAUCCGUUCUCCAUCCGUACCUUACCUUAGCCAAACGAGCAGCUACUAUGUCGGAGACAUCUGGAGAAUCAGCAGUAGAUGCUGUGCCAACUUUCGCAAGUUUUCCCAAACAUCCCAAGCGCGUCAUUUUACGACUUCGUGUGAACGAAUUCGAUGGUCGUAACCCAACAGAGUUUGACCGUGCUAUCAUGGCAUAUCUAGCAUCUGCUGGACGCCCUGUCGAUGAACUCACGCAAAGAAUCCAUCACUCGCAUAUCGAACCUCUCCAACCCCCAGAGAUGAAACAGAGGUCAUUUCAUAUAGUUCUGGAUAUUGAAAAAGAUAUGCUCAGUGAUCCAGAAUUUGAGACAGUAGAGCACGAAGUUCACCGUGUUCACCGAGCUAAGAACGGUACAUUUAAAGUCAGUCGCAUCUCGAAUCCAGCCGAAGAGCAGAACUUUGUGCGACAGAUGCGACUUUUCACGGACACCUUCUAUCCGUGGGCAAAAUAA